CUGGCAACACUGGUCGGCUGGCAAACGAACGAACCGGGGAUUGCGGCUGUACCGAAAUAAUUCUUAUUUUGCUUUAAAAAAUCAAUUUACUAUAUACGGUUCUAAAUACUUCGACAAAAAUGCGUGUAGCUUUUAUAAUUGUUUGAUAGUAUUGCCAAAAGCCUGACGUCCCGCAAACAGCCAAAAUGAGUAACUGGGCUAGAAGGAUGCAUCGACGAGCUGCUACAUUGAGCAAUGUGGUUACGUCUUGUGGGCAUCCAAACUCUUUGCCAUACCCAAGAAGAUUAGAGAAAGUGAAGUUUGGUGUUCCUCUACAUGAAGUGUGCAAGGAUGAUAUCCCUGGGCCCUUGCUUGUGCUGAUACUGAAGCUGAACAAGGAGGCGCCGCUGCGUCGGGACGUGUUCCGCGCGCCGGGUCACCAGGGUGCCAUGAAGAAACUGAUUCACUUCCUGCAAACCGGCCGCCUGGUCAAUGUAGAUAACUACUCUGUUUAUACUAUUGCUAGUGUGCUCAAAAAAUUCCUCAGGAAAAUCCCUGGUGGUGUGUUUGGCCGAGACGGUGAGAUGCACCUGUUCGCAGCAGUGGAACUACCUGAGGAGCAGCAAGUUGAUGAAAUUCGCAGAUUGCUACUGUCGCUGCCGGUAUGCACGCAGAGGUUGUUGGUGCUACUCUUCGGCACGUUUCGGGUGAUGGCCUCCAACGCUGACAAAGCAGGUACAGGUAUGACAUCCGAAGCCCUGGGCGUGUCGGUGGCCCCAUCAUUUUUCCACUCUUGCGUGUCGGACGGCAAAACAGCCACAAUGGAGGACGUUCAGAGAUUCAAGGUGGCGACCCGUAUCAUGCGGCAGCUGAUCGAACAGUUCAGUGCCGGCGAUCUCUUCGGUCGAGACAACUACGAGUAUUACGCGCGGGUGACGGGCCGGAUACUCAGGGUGAAGGACGAGUGGAUAUGCUCCUUCAGGGACCCGCCCCCGCCGCGGCACCAUCGCGACCAGGAGGCAUAUGCUAGACAAUUGUCUCUGGAGGCUGAAAAAACAUGGCUGCAAUGCGAGUGCGAUCGUUGGGGCAACAAAUUUAAUUUAGAAGUGGAUUGUCUGGCAGGGCUGUCGAAGUCGGAGGAGUGCCAGUCGAUGCCAGCGCUGGCGGGCGGCGGCGGCGCGGGCGCGGCGGGCGGCGUGCUCGGCAUCAUACCCGAGCAUAGCUUGCUGGACUCCUGCACUCGCCUGUCUAUAUCGCUUGAGGAAAGCGUUUUUAAAGUAUCAGUGAGCUCGUCAUCUCAAUCGUCUCGCAGCAACUCAAGUCCCCACAUGACGCUGGAAGAGUUACGCGCCAUCAACAAAUACGCCGAGAGCACAAAGAGCCUCUCCUACUUACCUCAGGUGGCGAGCGGCGCAGUUCGCGGCGUCGGUCCCGGCGCGCGCGCGUGUGCGGCGGCGGCGCCGCGUGCCGCGCGCUCGCGCACUCCGACACUGAAGUCCCGCUCGCUCUCCAGCCUCGUAAAGUGACCGCCUGACUGCGCCACGCGCGCUCCGCCGAGGACACCAGGUAACGCGCGGCUCCCAUGCGAUGUCUUAUGCCACUACACUAGCGAGUACUGUACUAUAGCCUGCCAAAUACCUACGUGACACUACCAUGCUCCGCAAACAGCGGACGUAGGUAUCAGGGGUUGUAAAGGGCAAUUUAAAAUGAUCCUGUUGGGAAUGUCUAUCUUGUGCCGUCACUGUUGGCGCUAACCUCCCACGUGAUCCAAGGGAGUGUCACGUACGAAUUUUCCAGUUUAUAUCUACUAAGUGCGGAUUCAUCCCGCAAAAGCUAACCUCAGCGAUAGCUGUCGAAAAUUUGUUCUGAACACCAAGGCAAUAGCAAUAAGUAUUUAAACUAGGAAAAUAAGCUAGUGAAAACAUAGAUGACCAAUAAAUUAUUCCUUUAGUACGAAACGAUGAAGUUUAUGGUGCACAGGACAAGGUUUUCGUGUAUGCCGAGGCGCUAAAAUGUGAAGGGAUGAUCCAAUAUUCGAUAUUGAUUUUAGUAGCAAUAGACUAAAAUCUUAGUAUUUAAACACUCCUUCGACUGCUAACUGCUACUCUGUGUAGUAGAGCAGUUCUUUCGAAAACGCUUAAAAACAUUACCGUUCCUAAAAAGUUGUGUCUCAGAAGUUUAAUGCGGAAAUAUGGGUUGAGUAUCACUGCCAUUCGAUGAUGAUACAAAAAUACUGAUGCAAAGUAGGAACCGUAAGGAAAUGUGUUAAAAAUGUUAAGACUAGAUAUACCCAUUAGAUAGAAGCGUUGCGUUGUCUGUCAGUAUUAUCCGAGGCUCGCCACCUCUAGCUAGGGUAGUCCGGCGCGAAACUUUCUCUUAUAAUUCGUGGAGUCAUGUGGCUGUUGUGCUGAUUUACUAAAUAUAUGUGAUAGAGCGUAGGUUCUGCGAUAAGGAGUUUGUACAUUUUUUAUAGCUGAUGUCGUACGCUUUAGGCCAAUUUUUCAUUUUUUUUUCUCAUUUAAACUAUAUCAUCAUAUUUAUAAAUAAAAAUAUACCACGUCGUUUUUCGAUUUUUAUAUUCGAUCGAAUUAAAUGUCAACCCAAAAUUAUUGAGCUCUCUAUUUUAUAAAAAAAUAUUUCGAUGUUGCGUGAAUAUUAAAUUAGUAUAACGCGUUUGUUUAUCAGAAUUUACUUUUCUGAAGUUUGUUGAAACUCGUUUCUACUAAUGCAUCACACUUGCGCGUUUUUUGUAUGCACACAAUUAAAUUAUACACAAUAUUUUGAAAUAAAGAUAUGCAAUCUUUUCUGUGCCAUGAAAAAUGUACCUAAACUUAAAUGUCAAACGUUUUUAAUAUCAAGUUUUGAAAAAAGAUAAAAUGUACUGUAGUUAUCCAAAUUAUUACAUGUUUGGGGACAAGUGUUGCUAAUGUCAAAUUAAUAUUACGACUAAACAUUCCUGUAUAUAAAUGGUUAGUUUAUUUUUACGUCAUAGAAUAAUACUUUCCUAACUUAGUUAAAAGUUUAUAAGGUGUAGAAACGGCAUUAUUAUACUUUUCUUUGUGCAUUUCUUUCUACCUCAUACACGUUAAUUUCUCUGUUAUUGCAUUGUUCACGUGGUAGAUAGUAAAUUCUGCAAAUUUCAAGGCAUGCCAAAAUUUACUGCUUACAAUUGGCUCUAUAUAAAAGUAUACAGGUUUCCGCCAAAUUUGAGCCAGAUAGAAAAGACUGAGCUAUGUUUAGAAACGUUUAUCUUACCUAACGAACAAAUACGGUUGACAACUAUGCAUACAUAGUUAUCGAUUCAGUCACAUUCACAUAUUGCAAUUAUAAUGUUGUCUAUUAUUGAAUAGUACAAAAUGACAUAUUAUACAGUUAUACAGUUGUCAAGUUUUUAAAUAAUGGUUGUUUUGUAUCUUUCUGUAAAUAUCUACAAUUGGAUCUUGAUAAAUUAAUAUAGGUGCUAGUUUAUUCAGAAAUCUUAUGAGAAAAUUCAUUUAGUUAUACCUAACGUUGACAUUUAAAUAUUUAAUAUUAUUUCCUUACAUCAUAACAUAAUUAUUAUUUUCACAUUAUCAUAUACGUAGUUAUAAAAUGUAUAAUGUUAUAAGUUAAUAAGACUCGCAAUGGAUCAAAUGUUUCUUUUUUGUUAAAACAUGUAUAUAAUUUAGUUAUUAUUGGAGUAACAUGUGUCUUUGUAUGCACAUCAUUCGCACAUUAAUUAUUUUUUAUAAAAUGUACCUUUUAUUUGUAAGAUUGUAUUCUAAGACUGUUUUAGGUUAAAUUGUUUCAAUGCAGGUCAAAAGCAGUUUUCGUUAUGUUGAAUAAUAGAUAAUUGUUUGUACACAAGAAGUGUUCAGGCUUAGUGCCUGAUUGCUAAUGUAGAGGUUUGUGUAUCGAAGGCAGCUCAAAGUAAUUUUAUAUUCGUUGUGUAAUUACGUAUUGUUAAGUAUUAGCACUCGGCUAGCGGUUACAUCGCUGCUAUCCACGGCUACGUCAUGGCCAUAUUUAGAAGUACUUUUUGUUAUAUUUCGUUUUUUAUUUUAUCACCUUUAUUAUAUAUUUGAAUAUGUCAGGUGAAGUAUUUGUUGUCAACUAUAGUAUUCCCCAUUUCAGGCAUGGUUUUUGUGACGAAUAGUCCCAUGCUGUAUACGAAUAUGUUACUGGUAAACGAUUAUCAAAUUCAAAUGUUAGGGCUGCGGUGACCACUGAACUAGUGGUCCCAUAGUAGCCAGAUAGAGGAAUCUAAAAUUAAUUGAUACCUGGCUUGCAUUUUUGGAUUUGCACGUCCAAGUUCCUGUGUUCAUUAUUAGUGUUAGGAGAUAACGAAUGUCGUAGUUUAAUGUGUAGAUUUUGAGAUCAAAAGACUUGUCGUUGUUGACAUCACAACAUUAUGAACAGCCGUCAAACGAUUCCUGUACUCUUGUGGUACCAAUAGCGACAAAACUAAAUUUUUGUAAAUUGUAAAAGUUAGCUUAUAUUUUUCGUCUUUAUUCAAGUGCGUCCUAUUUUUUAAUAAAUUAACAUUUUUUUAAAGUAUAACAAUAUUAACUAAAUACUAGUAACAUUUUUGUACAAUAAUAUAAGUUGCUCUAAAGUUUAGAUAGUAUAAUAUUAUUUUUGACUUUAUAAGACUGUUUAUAUGUUAUAAUUAUAAUUUAUUACUAACCCUCGAAUACAUUUAUCUAAUCAUUCCACCGACUUAAGUAUAUAACGACACCAGUUGCAUUUGAGUAUUAUUUUCUGUCAUAAAAUGUUAGAACAGAUCUCGGAGCUUUAACAAAAUUAUAACAGUGUUACUAGCGGUUUUAUACUAUGAUAGUAAAUUUAUGUUAAUUUUUAUUAGGAAAUGUAACAGCCGUAAAGGAGUGCAAUGAUAGCCUGUGUUACCCGUAGGUCACACUUGCAUUAUUAUGUUCGUCGCGUGUAUAAGGGAAUAUAUUAAAAUGUAAUUCCUUUAGUAUUAUUGUAUUUACGGUAUUUGCUUAUGUAAAUUCAGUUUGUAUUUUCACAUUAUAUUUGCACAUUUUUUCUACACAAAUUAUAAAGAAUUACACAAGAAUAAAAAGUAUAACAAAUUA